GUUCCCCUCACUCUCCUUUGCCGUCAAUCCUCCGCCUUCUCCUGCCUUGCGCAGCGCCCGAGUGUCACCUUUUCCGGUGCCUACCUUCUCGUCCCUCUGCUGAAGUGCUCGAGAUGGUCUUGCCCUGCUAGUACGACACCUCAGAUUAUUGUCGUACUUGAUCCACCCAAAGAAGACCGUUCGACGAGACAAACCCCCGAUGUGGGCAAAGACUGCAGAGAAGCCCCGAUCCUCAAUGGGGAGGCGAAAGCUGUUGCGCUUCGUUGUCGUCGGCUGUCUGGUGACCACCUUCACGAUUUUCCUAUGGCCUCAAGCGGAGGUCCCCCGCGUCACCACCCAAACCGUCUCCAACAUUACCCUGACCGCAGAUGUCGACUGCGAACCGGACUUCGAUGUCCUCCAUCGCCUCGACGUUCAGAAACUCGCUCAAUAUGUGCGACGCGAAGUUGUCGCCGUUCAAUCCCCCACCAACGUCUUGCCGCUGUCGCAACGCCUCCAAGUUCCCUUGUUCCCACAAAAAGCCCAGGACGAUCAACAAUACCUGUCGGAAAAACCACUACAUGAUGACUGCUUAAUACCGCAACCGGUGUCGGUCCAGGUUCCUCCGCCCCCGAAACGUGCGGAUGCGUCCCACGUUGAUUUUGGUGUCGCUACAACAUUGGAACGGCUGAAUGACUCGUUGGACGCGUUCUCGCAUUGGGCCAGCAACAAUAAUGCCCAUAUCUUCGCCCUAAUUGAGCCAGACAACAGAGUGAACGAGGUGUUAUUGAAGGCGAAUAGGCUUGGGAUUAAUCUGUCGGUGGAGGAGUCGAGCGAAGAGUACCAGCGUCGGUAUUUCUCGCUGGUACCUCACCUGGCUAAGAAUAUGCGGCCCGAAACGAGAUGGUCUUGUGUCAUGGAUGACGAUACCUUCUUCCUCUCGAUGCCGGAGUUGCUGAAGGGGCUCAGCGAGUAUGAUGAUACGAAGCCAAUGUAUGUCGGGGGGCUGUCCGAAAGCAUCCCUCAGGUGGGAUUGUUCGGGUUGAUGGGAUUCGGAGGCGCGGGCGUCUUCUUGACUCGACCUCUAAUUCAAGAACUGAGCCGGCCUGAUGUUUUCGAGGACUGUCAGAGGAUGGAUGUCACUGGCGAUCGUAGGAUCUCUCUCUGCAUCUAUCAGUACACCAGCGUUCGCUUGACCAUCGAUCACCGCCUGCACCAGCUCGAUAUGAGGGGCGAUGUGUCCGGCUUCUUCGAGGCAGAACGACCCCCUCCGCUAUCGGUGCAUCACUGGAAGUCGUGGUUCCACGCCGACAUGGCCAAGGCGAGCCUUGUCAGCAACGUCUGCGGUGAUUCUUGCCUCUUGCGUCAGUGGCAUUUUGGGGAUGGGUGGAUCCUCACCAACGGCUUCUCCGUGGUCAAGUACAGCACGGAAAAGAAGCCAGGCGACCGCUCAAUGGAGCUCACGUGGGACAGCGACAACGGGGCGGUCUUUGAGUCGUAUCUGCACGAGCUCGGCCCUCUCCGUCUCAAGGACGAGGGAAAGAUCAGCUACCUGCAUGAGGACGCCAUCUCGGACGGCGACCGAGUCCGGCAAUGGUACGUCCAUCGGGAUCCGGAGAAGGGCGACCAGGUCCUGGAGGUGAUCUGGCGCACCGGCUAGACUGUCGCCAAGCUGGCAACCCCCGCUUCUAAUAUACCUUUCAUUUCUCUUUAUCCUCACUCGAUUCUACGUCUUCAUUUGCCUGGUCCACUCGGAUCUGGACAGGCCCCGACCCUCUCACACCAGCCACGUUUAUAAUUUUUACG